AUGAAAACAUGUACUUUCUUUGUGGUGAUAGAGCAGUUCUGCAUCCAGAUUAUGGAAGCUCUAAAAGCAACUGAAGAUUUACAUGAAGAAGCUGCCAAGGCGUUGGCCCAGAGUGAGAGGAAGCGCCAUGAGUUCAACAGGCAGGUCACAGUUCAGUGGAAAGAAAAGGAUUUCCAGGGCAUGUUGGAGUGCCACAAAGAGGGCGAGGCCCUCCUCAUCCUCAACCUGGUGACAGACUUGAAGCCCCAGAUGCUGUUGGACACAGUGCCCUGUCUCCCCGCCUACAUCCUCUACAUGUGCAUCCGGCUCACGGACCAAACCAACGAUGAUCUCAAGGUGCACUCCCUGAUGACCUCCACCACCAACGGCAUUAAGAAAGUCCUGAAGAAGCACAGUGAUGACUUUGAGAUGAUGUCAUUCUUGUUAUCCAACACCUGCCACCUUCUUCACUGUCUGAAGCCGUACAGCGGGGAUGAGGGCUUCAUGACUCAGAAUACUGCAAAGCACAACGAACACUGCCUUAAGAACUUUGACCUCACCGAAUACCGUCAGGUACUGAGCGACCUUUCCAUUCAGAUCUACCAGCAGCUCUUUAAAAUUGCCGAGGGUGUGUUACAGCCGAUGAUAGUUCCUGCCAUGUUGGAAAAUGAGAGCAUUCAGGGUCUAUCUGGUGUGAAGCCCACUGGCUCCCAGAAGCACUCCUGCAGCAUGGCAGAUGAGGAUAACUCAUACCGCCUGGAAGCUAUCAUCCGCCAGAUGAAUGCCUUUCAUACAGUCACGUGUGACCAGGGCUUGGACCCUGAGAUCAUCCUGCAGGUAUUCAAACAGCUCUUCUACAUGAUCAACGCAGUGACUCUUAAUGACCUGCUCCUGCAGAAGGACGUCUGCUCUUGGAGCACAGGCAUGCAACUCAGGUACAAUAUAAGUGAGCUUGAGGAGUGGCUUUGGGGAAGAAACCUUCACCGGAGUGGAGUAGUUCAGACCAUGGAACCUCUGAUCCAAGCAGCCCAGCUCCUGCAAUUAAAGAAGAAAACCCAGGAGGAUGCAGAGGCCAUGUGCUGCCUGUGUGCCUCUCUCAGCACCCAGCAGAUUGUCAAAAUUUUAAACCUUUAGCCUCCCCUGAAUGAAUUUGAAGAACAGGUAACAGCAGCCUUUAUACAAACGAUCCAGGCACAACUACAAGAGCAGAAUGACCCUCAGCAACUGCUAUUAGAUGCCAAGCAAAUGUUUCCUGUUUUGUUUCCAUUUCAUCCAUCUUCCCUAACCGUGGAGUCAAUCCCAGCAUGUCUCAAUCUGGAGUUCCUCAGUGAAGUAGAUGCAUGUUUAGUCUGA